CGAACUCGAUAUCGAUACAAGCCAAGCUCACGGAUCUUUAUUAUAAUCUCACAGUUUAUUAAAUCUGGUGAAAUGUUAGGUUUCCACCGGGGCCCUGCUGCCAUUGGCCCGGACGCGCACCACGUGGUCGGGCAGUCACGCGCUUUCCUGGAACCCGUCAGGAAGAAGAAAAACAAAACAAACCCGAUAGAGCUGCAGCAGCGUGUGGACUCCAUUGAAAAGUGGGCCUUAUUAUCUCCGGCACGGGAGACUACACGAGGUCCGAAUCGGAGAGGGACGCCUGUGGGGGCGUCAUCGAGACCUAAAGCAAACAGAGAACCACAGCAGACCAGACCAGACCAGGUCGAGUCAAGUAACUGACGUCUUCUCCCCUAUUCCCUUCCCCCCAGCCGCGCAGGCUACAUCUACCAGCAAUCUGCGAUAAUCGCCUCAGCGUUGAUUUAUUGUGCCGAUCCAACAACCUCACACCACUGGGACUGGACAGGAGGCCCAGAGGUUACCCCCGCUGGAGCUCUAAGCUGUGUCUGGCAAUGCCGCAGGUAAGAAGGGCGACAUAGGGAAGGAAAUCAAACAGGGAGGCCAGGUCACAUUCUACUUAUGGCUUGGAAAUGUGAACACUUGUGGAAUCAACAGAAAUGUCUGAAGCAUUUGAAAAACCAUGAAAACCAUACUCUGAAUGAUAAAAAAAUAUGGAUUUUUAGUUUUAUAGUUAUAGGAAUUAUAAUAUAUCUUUAUAUAUGAACUCAAAUUAACUUAACUGAUUCUAUUAACACAAAUUAAAUGGAACUAUAUCUGACAGUUCUGCAAAUAACGCUUUUCAGUAACCACGCACAGGCUGAUGGUAUCAUAGAUUUGAAAUAGAGUUCUGUGGUGUUGAAGGAGGCGAGAGACUGACCCAGAAUCAGUGUGACCUCUGAGGACAUUGCAUCCAAACAGCUGCUGGGGGCAGAUGUGCUAACAGGGAACGAGUAAGUGAAUGAAUUUGUGAACACUGGAUCCUCUGGGGAAAUAUUUCUGAAACAAUGCAGUGCUGACUGGAAGUACACUUUUUUCUGGUCUCCUGUGUGGUGCUGGAUUAAGAAAUGUUACACAAUCAGCCACAAGAGGAGAUGAUGUUGGAGUUUUCUUCAUUUUCAAAUGAUGCUGCUUUCUUUCCAUUCUGCACAUUCUUUAUCACAUUAUCAUUCAUAUUGUAAACAUCAGUGACAAGAGACAAUUACACAGCAAUAUGUGGUGUGUAAAAUUAAGACGUUCCAUUAGUUAUUGUUGUGGCUGUUUUGUACUGACUCCUUGUGCUACUUUUCGUGUAGUUUAAAAGGAGAAUUGCACUUUUUUUGUUUUUGUGAGGGUGAUGUCUUGAAUAUUUAUCUUAAAUUUGCUCUUUAACUUAUUAUGUUAAAGCCCAGCAUCAUUGGGAUGGAGCCUCCCUUUGCAGACGCAUUUCAAAACUACUUGUUUGCUGACCAGGUUCUGACCAGCACGGAUCUGCUCUCUACCAGCUCUGACCCAGAUUUCAUGUAUGAAAUGGACCGAGACAUGACCCACAGGCAGAGCCCCUGUGGGGACAGCAUGGUGGGUAUCGGCGAUGGUGGAAAGGAGGUGGAGGGCUGUGUUGAUCAGCUCAUGGGUUUGGCCGAGUGUGACACGGUCCACAGCACCCCGGCGUUCGAACAGUGGGACUCCUACUGGGAGGACCUCACCAGAUACACACGGCUGGCCAGCUGUGACAUCUGGGGGACCAAAGAGGUGGAUUUCCUUGGAUUGGAUGACUUCUCCAGUCCCUAUCAGGAUGAGGAUGUGAUCAGUCAAACCCCGACACUGGCUCAGCUCAACAGCGAAGAUUCCCUGCCCGUGUGUGAGGCCCUCUACCCCCCUGCUGAUAUGACCCUGCCUUCCCCUCUGCCUCCGCUUCAACCAUCCCAGUUUCCAGGUCACAGUAAGAGACCCCUGUUCCCCGGCAAAGGAUCUGGCCCAGGAACUGCACGGCCCUCCCCAAGUUCUUCAUCCCGUCCUUCCCACAGUCUUCUGCCAGACUUCCCUGAAAGUUCCAAAAAAGCCACCCGACCUGUCCCCUCCAGCACUGAGACUAUGGCUAAGGCCCAGAGCCAGCUCAGUCUCACCCAGAACCACGGCCCAGCUGAAAGAGAGAUCCAGGGCAGAGGAGCCAAGAUGGCAGCCCACACUUCCCAUGGCUCUGUCUUUGUGCGGAAGGCUAAAGUCCGUGUUAGCGCAGUGGAUAAAGCUCAGCCCAACCUGCCCUCCAAGACUGAUAUUGAGAUGUCAGAUGUGCCUCCACCUCUCUCCCACCCUAAAGAAGAAAAAGCUUCCACUUCAGCUAGUGCUGCCUCAGUGGGAUGUCCUGAUGCAGCAGCCGGCAGCUCCAGCAGCCUGACAAGCUUUGAGAAGGUUGCAGAGGGUACCGGGAGAAGAGAGAUGCCUGUAGGUUGGUCUGCCACUGUGCCUCAACUCGUGGAGAUGAGUCAGGCCAUGGAGGGCACCGCCUCUGGGCUGGAGAGUAUCGCCGACAGUGUGGAAGGUGCUAGCGGUGGCGUUCUGGUUGCCGAGAAGACGGAGAAGAGCAAGGAGGAGGAGCACAACUACUCCCUGUUCCUGACCCGCAGCAGGCUGGCCGGCAGAGCCCCCUCCCAGCUGGAGGAGGACGAGGAAGACGAGGAUGAGGAAGAAGCAGAUGAGGAGGAGGAAGGCGACGGCCUAGAGCUAGAUGACGAAGACCAUGAUGAGGGUUUUGGCAGCGAGCAUGAGCUUUCUGAGAAUGACGAGGAGGAGGAAGAAGAGGAAGAAGAGGAGGAGGAGGAGGAGGAUGAAGAUUAUGAAGCAGACAAGGAUGAUGAUAUGAGUGACACCUUCUCUGAGCCAGGCUGUGACAUGGAGCUGUCGGAUGACAUUAAGAGCCUGACAGCAGGAGUCUCCAGCCGGAAGAGAAGCAGGCGCCGCUACUUCUGGGAGUACAGCGAACAGCUCACCCCCUCGAAACAGGAACGCAUGCUGAAGCCGUCUGAGUGGGACAGACACACGCUGCCUAGCAACCUGUACCAGAAGAACGGGCCUCUCCAUGGAAAAUACAUGCUGAAGAAGUCCCGUCGUACGGAUGUGGAAGACCUGACUCCCAAUCCACGUAAGUUGCUGCAGAUCGGCACCGAGCUCCGCAAACUGAACAAGGUGAUCAGCGACCUGACACCGGUGAGCGAGCUGCCGCUGACUGCACGACCCCGGUCCCGCAAGGAGAAGAACAAGCUGGCAUCCAGAGCUUGUCGUCUUAAAAAGAAAGCCCAGUAUGAAGCAAACAAGGUGAAGCUCUGGGGACUCAGCACAGAAUAUGAUCGGCUGCUCUUCGUGAUCAACACCAUCAAGGAGGAGAUAGUGGUGCGAGUGGAGGACUCUACUCCGCGUACAACCAACAUGACUGACACCCUGGCGCGGCUCAUCAAGGAGACACUUGUGGCAUCCCCAGUUGCCGGGCAGACAUCAGAAUUUGUCAACAAGAUCUUGGAGAACACCGGACGCGGCGAUCCGACCGGCGGACUGGUCGGCCUGCGAGUUCCCACCUCCAAAAUCUAGACAAACCCGCCGUCCACUGAGAGGAGUGGGCUAAAUAUUACCACCGUGCUGUCCCAUUGUAACUAUGCUCCCCUCUGCAUGCCCCUCCAACCCUGCGCACAUACACAUUGUUAGUCACACAAACACACAUACACCUCCCUUUGUGUGUAUGUAUGUGUGCUUGUUUAAAGCCAUGCACCUGUAUGGCCUACACCGUAGCUUUCUGUCUCUGCAAACUGCAUGCAGAGUCACUGUCUCCCAACCCAUCGUGAGCAUCUGUUGGGAAACGCGCCUCUAAAAGCAAAGGAUGGUUUGGUGUAUAGCUAACAGCACGUCCUAAAUCCACUGGUGAUUAUUAGAUGUGUUUAACAUAACAUUGUGUUGGGGUGGUUCUGUUGGAGGUCUGCUUCCAAGACUGAGACAGACAGUCACCCGAGUGCACCUACUGGAAUACUUUCACACAGUCUGUUUGAGAUUGUUAUGACGGAGGAAGAACCGUUGAACAUUGGACCCCAUCAAAGAUCGAAAAGGUCCCAGGUAUCUUUUCCUAGAAGAACUUCGCUUCACAUGGCAACAAAAUUGAACAGCGUGAUGUGAACUCAACCCACUGAGUUAAAGCACUUUGAUGAAAUGGCUCUGAAUGCCAAGACAGCUGCAGAAAAAGUAAAGCAGCACGCUCGUUACAGGGUGGCAAGUUAUAUUUUGUAUUGAAGGCCUAAAUAUGUUCAUGCCAUCCCCUGUUUGCCAAUCAGCUCAUUGAAAUUGAUAUUCCAAAAAAAUGUUGAAUCUUAGGAAUUAAGUGACAUCCUGCUGGGGUGGAGUUUGUUGCAGGCAGGAGGAAGCUUAAUGGCUCUUUAUCUGGACAGGAGGUUUUUUGACCAUGUGGAGAGGAAGCGCAUGUAGUUUGGUGCUUUUUGGACUUGUGCUAGUUUUAACUGGACUGAGUGAAACAGAAGCGUUUUACCAGUAUGGGAGUGGACUGUGAGGAAGAUCCUGGUGGUGAUGAAGAAGACAUUAGCAGUGAUCCAUCUCCUCGAAGAGUCAUACACACGUGUACAUAGACGUGUCUCCCAGUAAAAAACGGCACCGGCUCCACUUUUUGUACAGUAGAGUUGACCAGGCUAACAGUUUGGUGUGUUCAUACCAGUGUUUGAUCAAAGUUCUAUUCAUUGUGCCUUGUUUAUGUAUGUAUGUGUGUGUAUGUUUCUGUACGUCUGAGUGCGUAUGUGAGAGCGACUGAACGAGAAGAGGCGAUUGCUCAGAACUCCCCGAGGUCCAGUCAAGGAGAGGACUACUUUACCCUGAGGGAGGAUGUCAGUGAAUGUUAGGAGGGGGACACCUGCGGGGUUAAGGUGUAUUUCACUUGUUUAAAGAUGUUCUGAAUGUAUAUAAAACAAAUGGAAGCUCUCGUUGCAGGAUGCCACAGAGUCUGUGUAUAUAAGGAGGGCUCUGCAAUAGAUUACUUAUGGUUUUUGGUACUUUGUCUUUUUUUGGGGGGGAGGGGCAGGGGCAGGGUUAACGGAUAUUUUUUGUUAAGAGUUACAAAAAAAUAUUUGCACACUAUAUUUUGAUUGUUUUUUGUACCAAAGACACAUGCAACGAAACGGCGACCAGCCUGUUAAAGUAAGGUUUUGCACAGCUUACCUGACGCCGUAUUGAAUGUAAGAAAUGUGGGAGGGUCAGGGAACUUCAUAGAACUGUGAAAUUAGCUUGGGUCCAAUUCUGUACAGAAAAGGAACAUUCAUUUUUUUUUUCUAACAUUUUUACCCCAUUCGUGGGCUUCUCCAGAAAAUUUGUUGCCUAAGCACUUCAUUCCUGAACUGAUUCCUCUCUCCACAUGCUAAUUGUGUUAACGGCUCUGCCUAGGACAAGAACCAAGAGCACUAGUAGAUAAGCUAUGUUACAUUUUAUGAUUGUUUGUUAAAAUGUCACCAACAAUAACCAAAAUGUUCUGUUUCUUUGUUACUUGUUGAAGAAACUGUUUGUAGACGAGGUCUAGUUCAUCAACAAAAUAAUAACUGAAUUGUGUUUUGAAGUACUGUAUUUAAAAAAAACAUAAAUGAUAUACCUUUCAAAGGUGAGAUGCCACUUUUCAUGACAUCUGAUUUAAUUUCUAAGCAUGACACAUUUCUAUAGCCCAUUCUUUCAUUAGAAACUUAGAGGAAAAACUGAAAAACCAAAAAAAAAAAAGGUUCUUGUUAUAUUUUUGUAAUUUUAGCUGCCUGCUAGCUUUCCUGACAGUGCGGAACUAUUUGUUUUGUCAGAUUCUCCAAGUGGAGAGAGGGAGAUGUGGAAUACAGAGGAUUGGAUUCAUUUAAAACACAACGCACCAAGCAAUGGUCUAGUUUAAAGUCUGGUCUAUUAAGAGAAUGAGGACAGGCUGUCUUUAGAGCAGACAGGGACACGUCCAAGAAACUCCGAGGAUAGCAGUGUGGCGAUGGGAGGGCAGUAUUGUCAUAGAUGCUAUAACAUAGACUGUAUGUAAAGAUGGACGACGUCUACAUCUCCUCCUGCUGUACAAAAAUGAAGCCAAAAUACCCCCGGGUAUGGUUGCUGCCGUCUUUUGACAUCCUGUACAAAGGUUCUGUUGAUACACAAGCUCAACCAACCGCAAGUGAGUCUCAGCUGUCAACCAAUGAUAUCUCACUGCUUGUAACAUAAAAUAACUAAUUAAAACCAAACUAACUUGUAAACUACCUAAAAUGACAGAAAGCAUCUGAGAGAAACAUUUAUUUCCCAUGCCCUUUUUAGUUAGGUCCGUGUCCCAUCCACUAACAUGGUGGAGGCAUGGUUAAUAUCCUGUUCUGCAGCCAGCCACCAGGGGGGCGAUCAAGACGUUUUGGGCUUCACUUUUGGGGAGCCGUCCAUCUUUAUUUACUUUCUCUCUGUUGUAAAUACGACAAAGCCAUUUCUGUCCCAGACUUAUCUGGAUUCAACACUGUGCAUUGUUUUUUAGAUUUUCACACGUAUUCCCUCUUUAACCGUGAAGCUGGUUGAAUUCUGCAUCUUCCUGGUCGUGACAUUACUUCCUCUGAGGUUUGAUUCGCUCAGUUUUUAUAUCUGCCUGGCCUCGCCUUCAGUCCCCAGCAUACGUUCGCUCAUCAAAACUCAAGUAACAAAAGUUUCAGGCAACAAAAAGGCAGCGUGUCCCAACCUUUAACAACGCAUGUAAUGCUUCCCUCCCCGUUUCCUGCUCAGAGGAAACUCUCGCCAUUCCCAGGAAGUGCCCUAUUCAACCAGAGUUCAAUAUGUUUGAAAAAUAAGUGCUUGAUAAAUUCAGGUUAGUGCGAAGUGAAGAGAGUUCUCCUUCACAUAAUGACGAUGGCAAUGCAGAGCUGUGGUCUUUCUGUACCAUGUGAGUGAAUAACAGGUAGUGCUACACACACAUAUAUAUCUAUAUAUCUAUAUCUAUAUAUAUUUUUACUGUUAUCCAUUUUGUCUAAAAAGGGAGAAAUGGUGCUUUUUCAGAAACUAGAGAGACGAGUAUCCAUGAUUCUUAUUUGACUCCACAGUCUAGUUGUAGCCUAAUGACUUGCUCUCCCCUGCCGUCCAUAGCUAUUUUCUUAGUCGUGAUUCAUUUUUGUAAAUAGACUAUAAGUUAAUAUGUAUCUUAUAAAUGUUAGAUAUAUGUAUAGAAUACUAUAUCUUAUAUGUUUGAAAACAAAAGCACUUUGUCCAAAAAAAAAAGAAAAAAAAAAGAAAAGCAUUUUUUUCUUCCAUUUGCUGCUAAAAGGCCUGGUGUGAAUGCUGAAAGUGUACUUGAUGACCACUUGCUAAGUUAGGUCUAUUACCUGAAUUGGCUAGGUCUAUGUACUAGCAAGAGAAUGGAGUGCGGGUGUGGCCUGACGAGGGUUAGAUCCAAAUGUUUCUGGAGCCGUGUAAUGAUAUGAUAUAUCUUUGCUUGGCUUUGAGAAGCCGGAUGUGUCGAUAGGAUCGAUCUACUUCCUGGUCAGGAGGGACUGUGAGGAUUGUGUAUUUGUGGUCUUAAAAAAAAAAUGAGAAAAAAAAGAGGGUUUUGAUUCCAGGGCCCCUACGUUGAUCCUGAUGCUGACCCCCUUGGCGUCAUGAUUCAUUUUGCCUUCAGUAGAGGUUUCCUAUGGAAAAACUGAUUCUGCUUUGGCUUCCUCUUCAGGGUGAUGUACAGUGUAGACACAUUUCUCCAGAGAGCUAUAUUGUUAUCAUUUGUAAACUGAUUUCUACUUGUGACUUAAUGAGGAGGGGUUGAGCCUGGGGCGGCCAGGAAGAGCUCGUUUGAAAGUCGUUGUUCCUGGCCGCCUCUGGGGAAGUUACUAUAUCACUGUACUGUAUGGCAAGCCAAUUACAAAUGAAGACUCAAUCCGGACACUUAUUGCCUUCUUAAACAACUUCAGAAACACACAAAUAAAAACAAUAGCUGGCAUGUCAGUUACGGAGAGAUGUGCCUGACGUUUCUGACAUGUUCUGCUAAUGUGAGGUCAAUAACAACAACAACAACAACAACAACAAAACCAUUCAGCCUGAUUGGCUCACAACGAUCUUGAUUGAAGUAGCAGACGUGGUGAAAUAUGCCUGAAAAAACUACUCGUGAUUUCUUGCGUCCUUUUUUGGACAAUGUUCCGAGGCAUUUUCUCAGCCGUGAUUUUGCCCGAGUGAAGAAGGGGGUCAAAAGUGAUUAAAGGUCCGCUGGCUGACACAAGUCUGGUUCAAGCAAGAGCCCUCACAGGUUUUCACAUUUAACGUGAAAGGUGCAAGCUGUGCAACUUUACAUUCAAACCAGGAGACUCUGUGGCAUUUUAACAGUCAAGGAAAUGAGUGAAUAAAAAAAAAAUCCACGCCAGUAAAAUGAUUCCUUCUUCUUUUGAUUUUUCUGAUGAAUCCGAUUCAGUCAAAUAUUAAGCUAAUUGAGUGUGUAACUUUGUGCUACUCUUGUCCAAUAAAAGCUAAGUGGAUCCAUAAAGCUCUUCUUCAGCAAAUCAGGGUAAUAUCGUUCUUCUAUCUGACAUACUGUAAGUGAUGACAUAUACGAACCGAAAGAAAAUAUAUUUAUAUUCCAAUUAUUGUCGCCAUUCUUUACUCUGUACAAAAUAUUGUACGUGUGUGUGUGUGUUCUGACUUAUCAAUGUCAAUCAAUAUGGUGCAACGAUCUUGACACAAACUGAAAAAAACGGCCAACAGACUUGUCACAAGAAUUCACGUUCUCAACUCUAAAACACGUUUUUCUCUCACGAAGGAUCAGACUCUUGAUUUCCAGAUGUGAUCCAGCUGUGGUUUGUCAUGUGGUGCUGAUUGUUUCUCUUUAUCAAAGAAAUGAUCCAAGAACGAAAAUUGGCGUCUGUGUAAAGAUCCAACUCACAUUUUCCAUUUGAUGAUUGUCCGAUAGCUGUCAUCAGAGCAGAUUGACUCUGCAGAAUGAUGGCGUGAUUUCCCUGUUGGACCAAUCAGAAGAAGACUCACACAGAUUUUUGCUCACAACCACAACAGACUGAUGAUUUCUGUAUUAUUGAUUUGUGUGAUCGUUAUUGUUAAACAUACCAUUUUCUGUUUUCUAAAAGCCAGACUCCUGGAUUUAACAUCACUGCGAUGAAGGAUGUUCAUUCCCUUUGACCAAGACACAAGAUUUUCAAAAUACCCCCCCAAAUUAUUACACGAAUGAUCUCCAGUGGAAAUAUUUUGUAAUAAUGAUUUAGAGUUCCAAGAAUGAAUAAACGAUAAAUAAUGAAUUAAUAUUUAUUUGGAUUCAUAAAUGAAUAAAUGUACUGUCUUCUAUGGAUCAUUUAGGCUCGUUUGGUUUGAUAGCAUAGUCAAGGAUUUGGUCUCACCGCCCUGAAACAAAAAACAUAUCGGAGCACAAUUACCCGAAAAACUACAUUCAAAUUCUGCAUCUGUGAAAUCCGAUAUCCCCCAUAUUGUCCUUGUCCCCCACAAGCUGUGAUUUCAGGUCCCAGAGUCUGGCUUUGAGGGUUUCGAUUUUUUUCUUCCGAUGCAUUUCAACUGUGUUGUAUCUUGUUCAAACCCUCGUUGCUUUGUAAAAACACCUCAUCUCCAGGGGCCGCGCGCUGACCAGCCUCUGUGUAAAUUUGAUGCAUACAGAAAUGUAAGAUGCAUUUGGAGUAAUGUCUUUUGCAUGAUGAUGACCUGCAUAGAACUGAGAGAAUCAAGGGACGUCCGGGGUUCUUGCAGAUCAAGAAAAAACAUGGCCAGUCGGCAAAAAACAUCAUAUUCAUUGUCACGAGGUUGUUGCAUGACUUUUUGCGCUCACUGUACUCUCAGUCGAAUGAUUGAUUUCAAACCUGCUGCUAUUGAAUGAGCACAAAGAGAUUUUUGGUUUAGAUUGUCCACACACUCGCCCCUGUUUUUCUUUUUUUUUUUCCAUUGAGUUUUCUUCAUGUGAGAGUCAACAGACCAACUGCGUUACUCACCUUGCUCUGGAUUUUUACAUGAACAAGAGAAAAAAAAGAACAUUUUGAAUAUGAUGCCUGAUGAACCAGGUGCCUUAAUCAAAUAUAUGAGAACACAAAUCGGCACCUGCUGUCGGUCUGGAGGGGGUUUCCCUGCAGAAACAAAGGGGCUGGGUUUCCCAAAACCUAAACUUGAAGAAAAACGAGAACCUCACCAAAUUUGUAUAAUAAUCAGCCUUUAAAUGCAGAUGGAAGCUAUUGUCUGCAUAGAAAAACCGACCCUGCAAACAUGUUCCCUUUUUGUAAGCGCAGAAGAGCGUAAAUGACAAUGUGUUGAAGUAAAUAUGUGUCGUCUUGGGAAACCUGGUUCUGUUUUUUAACUCCUUCUCUGCCCACUACGCCACGUUCGUGUGUUUCCUGUAUUGGCUGCUGCUGCUAUCACCGCUGGUGUGUGUCCGUGUAGAGAAGAGCAAACUUCCACUGUGUCUGAGGCAGAGGGAGACUCGGGCCUGAUUUUUGAACUUGUCAAUUACAAGGACAAGUUCUUCUUUGGUGUCGAGGCGGAGCACUGUGCUGCUGCCUCUUGAGACCUUCUCAAGAGGGGGGGGGAUGAAAUAAACAAAACAAAAAAAAACACAUGACCGAACUUUCCUUUUCUUAACUUUGCUAUAUUGAAGUGCCAGACCCUCCUCGAAGUCAGUGUUGGCACUGAGUCGCUGAGGAUGCGAAUAAAGCGACAAACUGAGCAUGGAGGUAAACUGUGGUGCUAAUCUGUCAGUGGCUGGGUGCUAAGGCUGUGUUAAAAAGCUGUAUUAGCCAUAUUAUUCCUUCUGUUGUCCACUCUGGUCAGUCUCGUGUUUCUGACUGCUGCACUGCUGUACGCUGACAUAGCGAGGUAUAAUUCUGCUGCUGCUUUGCUGUUGAUGUAGACUAGUCUUCUAGUUGUCAGGAUCCAGAAGGAUCAUGAAUGUUGUAUCCUUAUAUUCGGCCGCUGUCCUGCUCGUUUGUCUCAACCUUUUUAUUUUCGAAUUGAGAUUAUGGUUUGAUAUUUAUGCUCUGAGUCUGUCCAAUGUUGCACGUUUAAAUUUGUAUUCCUAAAUUAUAUUUUAUUGCCUUUACCCCUGAUCCCAGUGUUGAUGCCAUUUAUUUGAUAUUUAUUUGUUGAGUCCUGUAAAUUAUAGUGUGAGGACACCGUUUGUUUGAGCAACACUUUAUAGCUUUUCCACUGAAGUGGACUUUUCCAUGAGUCAGAGACUUUACAUGAGACCAACAGACUCGUAUCACAGUCACAGUGAAACAUAAUAUGCCAUUUACUUACCUACAAUUCUUCGAUUUCUAACAAUGCUCAAAGACAAAUUACUGAACAAAAAACAGAGAACCAAGUCUUCAUUUAAAAUGUUGAAAUUAUAUAUUAAAUAAGAAAAAACACAUUCGAUUAAAAGGCAACAACAGAUGAGUUUGCAUACAAAACUUAAUGUAAGUCAUCGCAUUAAUUUGGAAAAAUCACCACACAAUCUGGCCUCAGUUAUUUCCGUCUUCUUCCUUCCUGUCCUCCAGUCUCCUAUUAUUUAAGUUUCCUCAGCCUUUUGUUUUGCCCUGAUGCCGGGUAAAGGAAACACACAUUUCUGCAGAUUUACAGUUUCAUUGUGACUGCGAGUAACUGACGUCUGUGAAGCUCAAGAAGCAUUCUGUCAUCUGAGGUUUUGAUGCGAUGAAAGUUUCUGGCCCUGAACCAGGAUCAGCAAACUGAACCUUCGGGUGCUCCGCAGCCUUUGAGCUCAGGUCAGGGGUCGGCUCGACCACUCUCUCUAACCUUGUUGGGGAAAUUUGAGAAAAGAUUUCGAUGGUGUAGUGGGAUCACGUUUUCUGGGGGAAAGUUUACCGCUGCGCCAGAGAUCUUUCGCCCUUUCUGAGUUCUUUUUAUUUUUUUGUUGGUUUCUUCAGAAGGGCUUUGGUCAGCAGUCAUCUCGUCAGGGAGUCCCUGAGAUUAUAGCUGGUGGGCAGAGACCCCUCAACCUCCUUUGCGACGAAUGACGAGGAGAGGUUUCGAUUUCCUCUUCUGCAGACUAAUCUUAUUAAAGCAAAACAAAAACAAAAACCCACUCUCGGUAAUAAAAGAAAAGACCAUAUUUCUAUAUUUACACACUCAUCAUCCAACACUGCAAUGAUUUACAUUUCCUUCCAGACUUUGCCAAACUGCAUGGAGCGAGAGACAUUUAUCAAAAGAAGAUAUUUGUCCUGAAACAAUUUUUUUUUUUUUUUUACUUUUGAUAUAAAUGACAGACAGGAAGACGUUUUUAUAGGAAAUCCGGGCCAGUCCAAACAUGUAGAGGAUGUGGGAGGUAUCUGUCACUCUGAGCUCCACAGCUACAUGCCAUGGUUAUGAUGCUUCUGGUCUUGUACGGUCACUUGUUUGACUCGAUCAACAGCAUGGGAUCUUUCUGUAAUUAGUCCUGUGUGUGUUCCUCUCAGCAGUCUCAGUAGGAUGACUGUACUCCAUUGCUAAGUGCUCUAUAAUAGAUCUCUUGGUGAUUAUAAUUUCAUAACUAAGCAAAACCUGCAGAAAGUGUAUCCUGCUGAAACUAACUUGAUCCUCUCUUUAGCGAUGACGUCUAUAUUUGUAGUUCACAUAUAUGCCUGUUCUAUUAUAAUAUCUUGACAGUUGUUAUAUUUAUGUUGUGUAAUAAAUGUCGUGCUGGGUUUAUACUUUUGUUCUUAAUAACUUUUUUUGGAAUUUUGUUUUCUCUGAGGCACAAUGGGUGGCUUUAUGCACAAGCAUGAAAAUGUAAAAGACGUUUCUUUUUAUUUUCUCCAAUGUUUUGGUUUGUACUGUAACGACUCGUUCUAUUUCAGAGCUUCUGACAGGUUUUGUCUCCGGCUGCUCCACAUCCUGCAGACAUCUGCCCUGAAUCUCUGUUGUUUUUAUUGUGCCUCUUUUUCGUUUUCUUUUGUUCUUUUGAAAUCAUUCUUUCUCUGUUGUAUCGGCCAGGAGUUGGUACCACAACUUUUCUUGUAACCACAAUAGUCUGAUUAUGUUGAUUGAUUUUAAUAUCAAAACAAUAAAAAACAUUAGCACCCCA